GAAUUUGUGAAUUUUUUUUAAUUUUUUGUGUUUUUAAUAAAGAGGUAAAAAUGCGAAAGAAUUAAUUAUUCAAGGAAGAAAACCGCCGCCAUCGAAACUGUUGAUAUUUUUAAAAGGCGUACUCUUGAUCAAUAAUUUAUUGAUUGAGUGGUUGUAGCUUCUGAAGACACUCCGAUUAGUAUCAAUUCGAGAGAAUGUAAGAAGCUGAGAGCUAUUUCGAGGCCUUCUACCUCAUAAAACCCACUAUUUUAACCAUUAAACUUCGAUACAUCGUCUACAUUAAGGUGACAGUUCAUGGAUUCCGCUGGAGAAUCUUACUUAAUUGGCGAAGAUGUUCCACUGGAAGAGACCAGAAUGGAGAGUUUAUUCGAAGAGACGGCUACGAGAGAAGACAAAGAAAACGAAUUGGCAAUUAUAGAGAACGAUAAAUGCCUGACGUUCUCAGAACUUCUGACGAAAAUAAAUAUUUUAGCUUCUUAUUUAUACAGCAACUCGGACAAGAAGAGCGAUAAAGUGGUGGGAAUCUUCAUGGACGUGUCAAUCAGCAGCGUGAUAUCCAUACUCGCUGUUUUCCAAAUGGGUGCAACGUACGUACCACUCGACCCGCGAUACCCGAAGAAGAGAAUCGAAUACAUAAGUGAGAAGUCGAAUAUGUCUUGCAUACUGACCACGACGUCCCAUUUCACACUACUGAAGUCUCACCAGAUUUACUUACCAAUUUACGACGUGAGUGUCAUUCUGCAACACUCUACGGAGAUUAACGCAAAGUUAACGUCACGCAAGCGAUCGCAGAACCUUUCCUGUCUUAUUUUUACGUCUGGCAGCACUGGAAAUCCUAAAGGAGUCAGGCUCAGCCAUUAUAACUUGUUAAACAGGCUGACGUGGCAAUGGCGUAACUUUCCAUUUGUUAGUAACGAUAGAGUUUCGGCCAUGAAGUCGUUAACCUUUAUUGAUUCUUUAACCGAAUUUCUACCGGCUCUACUUAAAGGUGUAACUGUUGUUAUUGUCCCCGCUUCUGUUAAAAACAACCCCAAAGAAUUGUUAAAACUGUUCUGCAAUUAUAAAGUAACCAGAACUGUUGUGGUUCCUACGCUCCUUAACAUGAUCCUGAUGCAUCUGGCAACAGACCAGAAGUUAGUGCAGGAUGUCAAAGUUAAUUUAUGGAUUUCCAGUGGAGAAUCUCUAACAAGAACUAUUGUCUUCAAGUUCUUUCAGCACUUCUCCUCUACACUGGUAAAUCUUUAUGGCAGCACCGAAGUAAUGGGUGACGUCACGUGCAAAGUAAUCAGUUACGAAUCGUCUAAAGACGUGGGUGACGUCGUAUCCAUAGGAAGGCCCAUCGAUAACACGGCAAUAUACAUCCUGAAUGAGAAUCAGGAUCUCGUUAAACAUGGCGACUACGGAGAAAUCUGUGUAAGCGGAUUAAACGUAGCUUUAGGUUAUAAAGGGAUUUCUUCGGAGAAAUUCGUCAAUAAUCCUCUUGUACAUCUGGUAAAUGACAAUCAUAAAAUUCUCUACAAAACUGGAGAUUACGGUUACGUACAGGAGGGUGAAGUUUACUACGUUGGAAGAGUGGACAAUCAGGUUAAGAUAAGGGGUGUCAAAGUUCACCUAUCCGAAAUUGAACUGGCACUAGAAUCCAUAUCCAUUAUCUCUCAAUCCGUAAUUUGCUGCAUCAACAGGGAGACAAAUCCACAAUUGGUAUGCUUUUGCGUGCUUCAUAAGAAUGGUAACGUUGGCGACGUGAUAGAGAUCCUGAAGACCCUUCUACCAUCGGAAAUGAUACCGAGAGUAGUGAUAAAGAAGGAACUUCCCGUUUUAGUCUCGGGUAAAAUCGAUAAAUUAGCUCUGGUGGAGGAAUACCAGAAGAGUACGAAGUCUCACAGCAGUAACGAGAUAUUGAAGAUCAUUAACGACAUUCUACAGUUGAAAAUCGACGAGAAAAUCUGCGAGAAAACCUUCUACGAAUUGGGAGGGACAUCAGUAAACGCGGUAGAAGCCUUAGCCAGGCUCCAUUCUGCUGGUUAUCCUAUACAAAAUCCUAUGGUUCUAAGGAUAUUAUCGUUGAACGAAUUGGGGGAGUUGAGCAAGGAUCAUUUGAAUUAUUCUGAUGAGAAGAACACUACCAUGGAUUUUAGAAUGGAGGAAAUUUCGGAGAAGAUCGUGUUUGGUGACGUGGCAAAGGUCAUAGCCGAAUCGUUUGUCAAUAAGAAUGUAUUGGAUUUAAUCGUCGAGACGAAAGUAGAGGACCACGUUUUGGUGAUGGAGAGGAUGUGGAAACGUCUGGUGGACGAGAAGUUUUCGUUUGUGGUAAAGAACAAACGGGACGAUAUUAUUGGCGUGAUGCUGAAUUUAGACUUCUUCAACGAGCCGCAAGUGGAAAUUCCGGAAAGACUGUUGCCGAUAUAUUGCAUGCACGAAGUGUUAGAAGACAGUUCGAGGAAGAAGUUGCAGAGAAGUGGGAAGAGAUGGAUGCACAACAUCAUGUUAGCCACGGCGCUGUCUCUUUCGUCCGCAGAAAACGUUCAAGUCGUCAUAUACAUGGAGAAACAACUCUUAACCUUUGCCAGAUCUAUAGGUUUCCACGGUGUUUUCACCAUCAAUUCUAGUAAAAUUACUCAGGUCAUAUGUGAAGAAAUGUUGGGAUAUCAAAUAAUGAGCCAGUAUAAAGUUCAGAACUACGUGUAUCGAGGUAAAAAAGUGUUCGAAGAAGCACCCUCCGAUGCCAUUUUAAGCGCUUGUUAUAAAUAUCUAUAACCGAAACGUCACGUGUGUCGUGGUAUUGUGUGUGUGACAGAUCACGUGUUUCGUCAUCUGUUAUAUUACGUUGAACUGUUAAAAGUUAAAUUUUCGGUUGACCAAUGAUGAAAUUUUGAGUUACUUUUUUUGAAAUUCUUCAAAAUUUGAUUAAUAAAGUGAACGUUUGAAUGUGUUGUCUGUCUUAUCUCUAAUAUUUCUUUUCUUAUUUAGACUUAUUUGUUUGAAGAACAAUCCCAGUUGACAUAUUUGCAAGUUUAUUUUGUGAAAAUAAUUGAAAAUUUCCUUUAUCUUUGCUCAUCCUCAUCUUUCAUUGUUCGAAAACAGUUUAAAGAUGGGAGGAACGAGCAUGGUUUUCUACUGUUUCUUUCGUUAAUUCUUCACCUCUAGCUUUUUCUUAUCGGAUCUUUUUACCCUUGUAUACAAAAUUAUCAUUCGUUACCAUCUUUACUGAUUCGUGUACUUUUAGUGCCACACUAAAUUUAACACCAGAUUUCAGAAGCGAACAACUGGUGACACUAAAUCAAAGUUCGACGGGACGUAUAUUACAAAUUUAGACAUCCGUAGGCAUUAAAAUAACUGCCACUAGAUGGUUUUAAUAUGGUAGAUAGAAAUUCUGCAAAGACUUACCAAUACAUCGCGUGCAGGAAAACGCCAUAUUUAAAUUUAGUGCUCUCAGAACUGAUAGCAAUUACCUUACUAAUACUACCCGACUAGUGUAGAUCAAUGAGAAUUGCUGAUUACCAGCAAGUGCCAAAAGAUUCUCUCUGCCAAAAACCCCAAUGGCACAACCCGAAACUAACAGAAGAGGCUUCGUACGAGUAUUGUUUUACUCUACGUGGAGGAGUCUCUUCCGUGUUGGCUCCUGCACUCGCCACUGACUCCAUAGAAUUCCAGAAAAGACGCAUGAGCCACGUAUUUUCUGGAAUUCGAUGGAUGGAACGAGACUACCAUUUGGUUAAACGUCUGAUUAUUCCGCCAUAUUGAAUUUGCCGCCGGUGGCGGCGUAACGUAAAGAAGUUUGGGUAUAUUUACCCUGAGUUUGGCUUGUUUUCUGACGAUUUCGAUGAAGUUAACAUCGUCUACACGGCCAUUAGACGCGCUGAUUGGUAGAUGCUUUAAUGCAUCGAGAUAAGCGAGCCAAUGACAUAACCCGUUUGAAAUGAAACGGAUUGUUAUUGGCUCGCUUAUCUCGAUGCAUCGAAGCGCUUUACUAGGCAGGACGCCUAUUGCUUCCGCCGAGAUGCUACGCGUUUUGGCUAAA